GUCACUCGUGACGUAUACAGGGUUAACCAUGUAAACAUACGUUCUGGUACAAAAUCACAGGAUGGAUUUGGAAGACAGAAUUUCUAAACUUAUCUUCCCUGACGGGAUACCAGACAAUUUAAAAAACGAAACCGAACUGUUCGCCUAUCUCGACAAAUUGGGCACAUACAAAGUCGAACAAUUGAAGAAGGAACAAAGUCGACUCAGCGAAGAAAAUCGGGCAAUCGUCGAACAAACACAGGAUCUAGCUAUCGUCAACUACAAAACAUUCAUCAAAACAUCGGAAUGCUCGAAACGGAUCAGCGACAAGUUCAAAGAAACGGAAGAUGGAUUGGACAAACUGAUUGGCAUCAUGCCGAAUGUGACGAAGAAGUGUCAGGACUUCAUUGCCACAUCCAGUGAAAUUAACACGUCACGCAGAUUGAACUCGUUAACUCUAAAACGGAACGCUCAACUGCUAGAGAUUUUGGAACUGCCGCAACUGGUUGACACAUGCAUCCGAGAUGGUAAAUAUGAGGAAGCAUUGGAAUUGGCUGCAUACGUACAGCGAUUGGGCGUCAAGCAUGGCAAUGUUCCCAUAAUCAAUAGCAUAAUCGUGGCGAUUGAAGCCUCCUGGCACACAAUGUUGAAGCAGUUGCUCGGUCAACUGAAAACCGAUCUGCAACUACCGAAAUGUUUGCAGGUCGUGGGCUACAUUCGUAGGAUGCAAGCAUUUUCCACUGCUGAAUUGAGAAUCGUUUUUCUGAGGGCCCGAGAUGAUUGGUUCAAUCAAACAUUGAGCAACAUACCCAACACCGAUUCUCACCAGCAUCUCAUGAAAACCAUCGAACUGACCAGAGUUAAUUUGUUCAAUAUCGUCACGCAGUAUAAGGCCACCUUCCCCGAUGAGGAUACAUCGAAUUCGAAAAAUGAAUUAGGCUCGAUGCUCUACAGUUGGCUUCAACGGAAGAUCGAAGACUUCCUACAAACACUGGAAUUGGAUCUGAAGCACAGCGUCAAUUCAAUCGAUUCCAUUCUCGGUCAGUGCAUGUACUUCGGUCUGUCGUUCAGUCGCAUUGGUGCCGACUUUCGUAGUCUCAUGGUGCCGAUAUUCGUCAAAGUGAUCUUCAAUCAGUUCCAGAAUGGCAUCUACAAGUCGACCAAACAAUUCGAAUCGGACAUGGAAACGUACACGCUCAUCAAUAAAGUCAUCAUCGACAAUAACCGCGAAAAAUCCGACAGCACCGGCACUGCACCGCCGGAUUCUUUGUUGGACUUUCAUCCGUUGGCUGUAUAUUGUAAUGGCAUCAUAACAUGCCUGAAUGAAUUGCGACACUGUGCACCGAUCGCUCUAGCCGAAAAUGUGACGCAUUCCGUUCAAACAUCAUUGGAAUCGAUGGGACGGUGCAUUUUGAAUUUCUAUCGUCAGGAACAACAAGCCUUCGCCACAAACGAACGCACGAAUUUCAUAAAAUUUUGUUCGUGCUUCGCCUACGAUUUGAUACCGUAUUUGCAACGAUGUUUGCACGUUGUUUUUGAACCGGCAACCGUGACUGGAUACUUGGGCAUAAAUGAAAUUGCGCUGCAGAAGGCUGGUAUUACGUUCUUGAGAGCGAAACAAAUUAUGGAACCGAUUCAACAUUUGUUGCCGGACAAAGUGGAGACAAUCAUGCAGAAUAAUGAAAAGAAGAUUUUGGAUGAAGUGAAGGUGUAAUGGGGGGAAAUGUGCAAUAAAAUUGAUUACAAAUCGAA